UGGCCCCGCGCCACGCGGAGGAGGAGCCGCAAAUCCCCGGAGCACGUUAAAAAGCGAGGCCGAGCGGCAGCGGGGAAGGAGGAAAACAGCUCCAUAGAAGGCAGCGGAGCGGCGGCCGCAGCAGCGCCCGCAACGCCGCGCAGGGGCCGCGGCUGCCGGAGCCAAACUUUCCGGCGGCGGCUCGGCCGGGCCCGGCGGUGGCUGCGGCUUCGUGGGCCGGGUCGCUGAGCCGGCAGCCCCGCCGCAAGAUGCCCGCCGCACUGCCCAGCCUGCUGGCCUGGCUGGCGGUGCUGCUGCUCGGCAGGGCCCGCCCGGCCGACGCCUGCAGCUGCUCGCCCAUCCACCCGCAACAGGCCUUCUGCAACGCGGACGUAGUGAUCCGAGCAAAGGCUGUCUCUGCGAAAGAGGUGGAUUCGGGGAACGAUAUAUAUGGGAACCCGAUCAAACGAAUCCAGUAUGAAAUCAAGCAGAUCAAGAUGUUUAAGGGCCCUGACCAGGACAUCGAGUUCAUCUACACGGCGCCGUCCACCGCCGUGUGCGGCCGGCUGCUGGACACCGGCGGGAAGAAGGAGUAUCUCAUUGCAGGCAAGUCAGAGGGCAACGGCAAGAUGCACAUCACACUCUGCGACUUGGUCUCUACCUGGGACUCACUGAGCCCAACCCAGAAGAAGAGCCUAAACCAGCGGUACCAGAUGGGCUGCGAGUGCAAGAUCUCGCGCUGCCUCUCCAUCCCCUGCUUCGUCUCCUCCUCGGACGAGUGUCUCUGGACGGACUGGGCGAUGGAGAAGAACAACGUGGAUGGGCGGCAGGCAAAGCACUACGCCUGCAUCAAGAGGAGCGACGGCUCGUGCGCCUGGUACCGCGGCAUGGCCCCCCCCAAGCAAGAGUUUCUCGACAUCGAGGACCCCUAAGCCAAACGAGCGCAUUCCAGUAGCCAGUAGAAAAAAAAACCUGCGAGAUGUUAGACUGGUCCACGCUGAUAUCAAUUCCUGGAGACAGCAUGAAAAUCUGCUCGGCCGCAGGGGUCCCCGGACUGCGGCACCCAGCACGCGCGGGCAGGCCGGGGUCCCGCUGUGUCACAGGUGUCCCUGCGCUCGUGGCAGGGCUGGGGGGGGCGGGGGGACGCCCCUGCCCGCGCCGCGUCCCUGCCUGGCCACGCUGUGAAGGAAUCAAACCCACGUGAGGGGUGGGAGCUGCCCUGUCUGCGUAGCAGGUCUACCAGGUCUACCAGUGCCCCUGGCGCAGGGGAGCCGCCCCGGCAGCUCUCACCAGACAGCCCCCCCGCAGUGUCCCCGGUUCCGUCCAGCACUGGAGACCCCGCUGUCCCCUUCCUCACCCACCGCCCGUCCCGUGCAGGCAGGUACAGCCCUCCAGGCAGCGGCCCCAGCGGCUUUACUGUGGGGCACGGCUCCCGCCUCUGUGCCGGGGGCUUCGGGCUUUCGUGGGGCUGGACGGCUCCUGCGCAGGCACCUGGUCCCAAAAAGCUGAAGAGGCCUGUGAGUUGGGCCGGGGCGAUGCCCCCGCGAGCACCCGGCACUGCUGCCCCGCUCUCCCCGUGCUCCCUGCCCCAUGGGGCCUCAGAGGUGACGUGGGGCUCAGCGCUGUCCCCAGCACCCCCGGGGUCCAUUCCCAGCGCCACCUCCUGCAGAGGGGGCUGCAGCCAGACCCUUCCGCAGCCGCUGCCGGGGCUCGGCCUGCGCGGGCAGACGGCAGCGCCGGUGCAGGGCUCACCCUCGCCCGCGCCGCUCGGGCUGGCCCGCGGUGGCGCUCCCUGCGCGGCGGGACGGAGCGCGGCACGGGCGGCAGCCGCGGGAGCCGCGUCCCGCGCGGCGAGCGCUCCCGGCCCCGCUGUCUCUGAGCCAUUCCCCGCCGCAGCGGCGCCGCGGGCCGCCCGGCCGUGACUCCGGCAGCCGCCGCAGCGCGGGGAGCGUGCGGCGAACCUCCCGCGGCCCCGGGGGUGUUUUCAUGCUGUGCGUCCCCGUGAGGUUUGAGAUGUCGUGCUGGACCAGUCUGGGCAAUUCCAACAUAUUAAAGAGGAAAAUUAAAAAGAAAGAAAAAGAAAAAAAAAGCCCCAACCUCUACUCAGUCCCAUGUACGAGUCCCGUUCGCUUUCUGUACGGUUGUAUCAUAUGUGCCAUUUACUCCUGUCUCUGCUGGUAGUCUAUCGAGUUUAAUAUCUCCACUUGUUUUGCCACCG